UGACAUUCCUGAAGUAAUUGGGACAGCCUUUGCAUUGAGCAUGCUUUUCAACAUACCUGUUUGGAUUGGUGUUCUUCUGACAGGACUCAGUACAUUGAUCCUCUUAGCUUUACAGCAAUAUGGGAACUAAAAGGAAGCGGUGCUACUGGUCUCGCGAUUUCACUCCUAGGGGCUAUGGUUAUGCCAUUAUCCAGUAUACCACUCACUGUAUGAUGAUUUCAUCUGGAUGCAGAAAUUUGGAGAUCCUAUGUUUCAUAGGCAUGUUGCAGCUUAAUGUGAAGAACUUGGAAGAUGAGAUUUCAAAUAAAGACAUGAAUUUGUCUCCUAUAUUGAAGUCAAUCAAGGAGCUUGAGAAAGCAGCAAUCAAGAUAAAUGACCAGAGAAAGGAAAUAGAAGCAAGUAAAGGUUGGAGAACAUGGAAGAAGUACCAAAUGAAAGUGAGAGAUAUGAAUGAUAGACUUAUGAUGGCUGAACGUGCAUUCACUGACAGAGAUGGCCUCUUAGGAAUGACAUGGCAUAAGCAUUUGGGUUCUAACUUCUAAGAAAGAUGAAAUUGAAGAAACCAAGCAAGCAAAGCAGAGAAGAAACAUCAAACAUGGCUACUACUGUUGGAAUCACAAAAUUUAUUGGAGCAGAGAUGAUUGAGAAGGCAAUUUCUUAGUAGAUGAAGCUAUUUUGUCCAAGCUAAAGUCAAAGAAGGCAAAGGUCCUUGUUGAGAAUUUCUUGUGCCAAAAAGGGAAGCAUCAGUGAGAAUUUCUUUGUGCCAGAAUUUCUUGUAUAUCAAGAAUGUUGUUGUAUCAUCAAACUUAACUCCUUGAGGCACCAAAUUUAAGAGAACAGUGGUUUUCUCUAGUUGAUGAUUUGCUGCAUUAGCUCCAACAAUGCGAACCUGGUUGCGACUCAACAAAAGACUGGCUGCAAUUCCCUCAGCUAGCUUGAAAACCAAAGGGAAGAACUUGUAUAUUACAAUGCUGAUGUGGAGUUUAACUUGAAGUGGCCACACACAACCACAAGGAGAUCCAGCAGGUGUAUUUGUCAAUGGCUCUGAGCAAGUCACCAUCAUGCAAUCUAAAAGGAAUAUGAUCAAUAUAAAAUCUUGUUUGUUUAAAUUGUUGAAAAUGAAGGAACUAGUAGUGUCAAUGAGUAAUGUAAAUAGUUAUAGUUCUGUCAAUGAUUUAUUUUUUGGGUAUCUUUUAAUUGAGAUAGUGAGAUAUUGGCCAAUGAUGUUAAAAAAUAACA